AGUUCGAGGUUGGGGCUCGGUGCAGGGAAUUUAAAACUGCAACUGCGCCGGGGGAGGGGGCAGCCCGGGAAGCCCACACUUGCCGUGCUUUGCCACUCCCCAGGGUCACUUGCUCAGCUGAUUCCCCCUUCCCUCUUUCUCCCCCCCCAGCUUUUUUAUAUAUAAAAAGCCCUUCUAUUAUUUUCCUCCCCCCCCCCACCUCCGAUUCGGGCUCCGAUCUCUCUUUCCUUGACUUUCUUUGCCCCCUCAUUCCAUGCCAGCCAUGAUAGAGAAGGGCGCAGAGGUCUCGGGGAAAAGGCGAGGCAGGAACAAUAAUGCCAGCAGCGCGACUGGCGCUUCCAACAACGCCUCUGCCGCCUCUGCCGCCGCCGGGGCUCCCAGCGCUAACAAUGGGAAUCCGAAAAGUUUGGCAGCGGCAGCAGCGCCUAAUGGGAAUAGCAGCAGCACCAACUCUUGGGAAGAAGGCAGCUCGGGGUCGUCCAGCGAUGAAGAGCACGGAGGAGGCGGCAUGAGAGUGGGACCCCAGUAUCAAGCGGUCGUGCCCGACUUCGAUCCCGCUAAACUUGCAAAGCGGUCUCAGGAGAGAGAGAAUCUUGGUAUGCUGGUCUGGUCACCUAAUCAGAAUAUUUCUGAGGCAAAGUUGGAUGAAUACAUCGCCAUUGCUAAAGAGAAGCACGGCUACAACAUGGAGCAGGCCCUUGGCAUGCUCUUCUGGCAUAAGCAUAACAUUGAGAAAUCUCUGGCUGACCUGCCUAACUUCACCCCUUUCCCGGACGAAUGGACAGUUGAAGACAAGGUCUUGUUUGAACAAGCAUUCAGUUUCCACGGGAAAACUUUCCACCGAAUUCAACAAAUGCUUCCAGACAAGUCAAUAGCAAGCUUGGUGAAGUUCUACUACUCCUGGAAAAAAACAAGAACUAAAACCAGUGUCAUGGAUCGUCAUGCUCGGAAACAGAAAAGAGAGAGGGAAGAAAGUGAGGAUGAAAUGGAAGAAACAAAUGGAACUAACCCUAUAGAUAUCGAGGUUGAACAAAACAAGGAGAGCAAAAAAGAGAUCUCUACCUUGCAGGCGCCACCAGCUGAAACCAUCCCUCAGGUAAAGAAGGAAAAGCACAGCACCCAGGCCGCAAAGAACAGAGCCAAAAGGAAACCUCCCAAAGGCAUGUUCCUUUCUCAAGAGGACGUGGAGGCAGUUUCCGCCAACGCAACAGCCGCCACCACCUUGCUAAGACAGCUGGAUAUGGAACUGGUCUCCAUCAAGCGACAGAUUCAGAAUAUCAAGCAAACCAACAGCGCACUGAAAGAGAAACUUGAAGGGGGGAUUGAAGAGUACAGGUUGCCAGAGGUUACUCAGAAGUUUAACGCACGCUGGACCACAGACGAGCAGCUUCUUGCUGUACAAGCAAUCCGGAAAUAUGGCCGUGACUUCCAGGCAAUCUCCGAUGUGAUUGGGAACAAGUCUGUGGUGCAAGUGAAAAACUUUUUUGUAAACUAUCGCCGACGCUUUAACAUAGAUGAAGUCCUGCAGGAGUGGGAAGCUGAGCAUGGGAAAGAGGAGACAAAUGGGACAAACAACCAGAAACCUGUAAAAUCACCGGAUAAUAAUAGUAAAGUGUCUGAAGAGGAAGAUGAGGCUACUCCUGUCUUGGAUGUCAGAUAUGCAUCCGCAUCAUGAAAACUCAGGUAGCCGAGAACAAUUUUUUUGUUGUUGCUGUUUUGACUACUGUGUUAUCCACGAUAUCAGGUAUUAGCAAAACCUCAGAUGGCCAUCCGCAUUAUAUCUCUGUGGACAAGCAGCUAUUACCAAAAAAGAAAGAGAAAGAGAACAAAUUGUGAACUAAAGGCAAACACCUCCCCACCCCCGGACCUGCGCUGCAUUUGCCUUAAUUUUCUCCUCGCUCCUCCGCACUGCCUCCGUUUUAUGCUUCUACCUUUCCUGGGAUGGGUUCUCCAUUUUCGUCGACAUCCUGCAUCAAGCAUUGGUUGCUCCUUGGACCAUCUGUGCCGGUUGUACAGACCUUGUUCCAACAACCCUCCUCUUUCUUCGCCGCCUCCCCAUGUGGUUACUUGCUUAAAGCAGGUGUUUCCAAGAGCUACCACCAAGCAGGGUGUCAGUGUAUUCAUGGACUCGUGUGGUUUUUGCUAAUUUUCUAAUGUAACCAUUACUCCUAAGGUGGCCCUUUUUAAAUAAGUGAGCUGUCUGAUCCGAAAAGCAUUGUGUGGGUGCCAGGUGAUAUGGCAGAGCCUGAAGUUGGGAGCAGGGGAGGAUAUGGUUGGGGAAUGAGAUUUCAGAACUGUCACUUGCUUGAUUUCUGACAUGUCCAGUUCUUCUCUCAUGGCUGUUUUCUCCUACUUUUAGAAAAUUCAUCAAUGGGUUGUGAUUUUUUUUUAAUGGAUGUUAUGAUUAUCGUAAUGGCUUUUUAUUUAGUGCAAAAGGGAAAGUGUGGCCUGUAAUCUGCUUUGAAAUAUUCUGCACACACACAUCCGAGAAAAACAAAACACCUACCCUAUGGAAUUCAACAUACUUGCAUUGUAAGCUCUGAAUGCCAACACAGAUGAAUCUUCAACCAGACCAUCAAGACGAUUAAGACAAAAAUUCAGCUUUCUCUGUUUUUUGGGUUUUUUAAAAAGAACACUAUGUAUGCCACUCGGGGUUUUUUUUUAAUGUAUAGGGCUCAUGCCCCAAUGAAGUGAAUGAUGACUGCACAGGUUCUGCGUUCGGUAGAUUGCUCACCUGGAUGGGAGUUCAGCCCUGACAUCACAGCACACAUUUUGAAGGGGAAAUUUAAUGCUUAAUAUGGGUCUGUCCAGAGGAGGCCCCCAAGUGUCUAGCCUGGUUUUUUAUCCACCAUUACCAAGAACCUUUCCUGAUGUUCUUCCAGCAACAUGUGUUAGCGUCAGGGAAUGCCGUGACACCGAGGGAACGUCAGUGGCCUGGUUCCUUGGGAAGGGCUGCCAUGGCUGUUGCUAUUUCUAGAAACUGAGUAAUGCUGUGGAAAAAGUCGAUGAAUCUUCCCACAUUACAUCAGACGGAACACCUCAGCAACAUGGGAGACACUUGCAUAAUGUCCAAAGGGUCCCUUCAUCUGAGGGGGUGUUUUGAAAUAUUUUAAUCAGUCACCUUGUGGUUACAAUGUAAAUUAAGUGAAGAUUUUAAAUAUAUUUUUUAAUUGACUGAUCUGGUUGUUUUUAACAUGGCAAUCAAAGUGAUAUAAAUCAAUAUCACCCAAAACCUCAAUGCAGGGGCCUUUUUUAGAUCCUGAAGGAAAGUAUAAGGUUAACUGACAACUUAAUAAACAAAACCUUCCUCUAGCCAUUAGAAGGAGACCAUCUUCAGUGUUCUCUUUAUCAUGUCCUGUGGCAAUAACUCUUGCAAAUAUGAGAGCAUGCAAUCUCAGCUUGCAGUUUCUCUAAUUAAAAUUUGCCUUUAGCAACUAAAAUUGACCUCCUCCACACACACACACACAUGCCUAUUAAUUAAAAGCUUUUGCUGAUUAAACUACCAGUUAAAUUGAUCAAAGCUUACACUCAUUUCAUUUUGUUUGGUACACCAAACAACAAAUAUGUUGAGGCAGGGAGACAGAGACAUAACUUGGUUUCCUGAGGUAAACUGUGUGGUGGUGGGAGUGGGCCCGUCCCUGCUACUGUUGCCUUAGCAGUUGAAGCACAAAUGGCUUUAUUCCCCUUUCCUCGCGUUGAUGUCAUUACAUAGGAGCUGUCAGUGGAGUGGGAAUAUAUUUAUUUACAUAAGUUAAUGACAGUGGUUAAGGGGUUUACAGUACCAUCCUAAGCAGAGUUACGCCUUUCUAAGCUCAUUGAUUUCAGCGGAUAUUGAAAGGUAUAACUCUUCUUAGAUUUGCACUGUACAAUACCUCUGAAACUGUCUUCUUUUUUGGAACUUCUGUUAUGCAUGAGAAGGCAGGACUUGGCUAUGCCAUCCUUUUUGGUGGCUUUUAACUACAGAAACGUGGCAAUUGGUAUUUAUAAUAGGCUCAUAUAAGCCCAUACUCGUCUGUCAUCAUGUAGGCAACUGGUGGGAGACUCGCUUGUGGUAUGGGCUCACAGGUGAUGUCACCUGUGACAUGGUGUCAUGAUUUCUAGUGCAACCCAGAAGUGACACCAUUGUAUCACCGGCAACACUCUAGCAUUCACCCCAACUCUAUGCUUUGGUUGUAGCCAUGUGGAAGUAGCUUUUGAGCAACAUCUGAUUCUGGCUGUUGCCUGACGUACAGAAAGUUUAAAUGUCCAUCUUGGGCAGGAAUGGAUACCUUCAAGAGUUGCAGAGAACCAGCAGCCUUUUGAAAAAUAGUACCAGCUAGUCUAAUAUGGAACAGAGAAUUGGGAAACAGCUAGUGUGCAGAUGAUGAAAUCCUCAGUUGCGUUACACAGCUCUUUCUGUGAUGUUUCCUUGGGCCUGUGAUACCUAGUACAGCUUACCAGCUCUAGGAGCUGUGCUUUUAAAAUUCCUAGCUUAGGCAUGCUUGAAGCAUGGCCGUACCCUGUCAGCAAACCUUACACAAUUGCUGCUGUCAAGUGCUGUGAUCAAAAUUAGUCAUAUUCUAACCAUAUACUUUGUUAAAAGGAUCUAUUUUGGGUUGAUACCUGAUUCGUUGUUUUUUUUUUUUUAAAUAGCUGGCUCCUUUUUGGUUUUUGGCCCCAUUGAAGUACUUUACAGUCAACUGUGUGCAAUUUACAGUGUGCAAUUUUAUGAAAUAUUAUAUGUCAUUUUUAAAAUUCUGAAUUAGCAAGGAAUAACGGAUUGGCUAUAAAUAGUCUGCCUCAAAGUACUGUCUUAGAAUGGAUUCCCUUGCCUUGGAUUAUGCACCACAGCUGAACUGCACCACUUCAGACUGCGGCUGUGAGGAUAAUUAUUUGAAAGAUAUUUCGUGUACAUAUUUUUGUUUCUAUAUUUUUGUUAUGUUUUGUACAUAACAAUGUUUCUUAACGCAGGAAACUUUGCUCAAUAUCACAGGAAAACAUGCUAGAUGUGAAGGUGGACGGAUUAAUACGUCUGGGGAUAGAGCUAACAUUUGUCCCUCAGCUGCUAUCUCGAGUGGUACAGUCUGGUUAUGUAGCUUCUUAUCGUGUAGCUUGGUGCUUAGUCCAGGUACAAUUAGGUGGCACUCCAUCUGCAAACCAACCAAACGUGUGUUCAGGAGAAGACUGGAUUUUGGCUCAAUCUCCUGUGGAAGUCAACAUGGGAGUCCUUCCAAGAGGAAGGAAAACCUUGUAUAUUCCCUCACUUUCCCACUGGUACCUUUUUAUUGUAGCCAUAUAUGCAACAGAACAGCAGUGACUCUUUUUCAGUGAGUUCAGCUAUGCCUGAAACUGUUACAUAAUGAAAUGGAAGAUGUUUUUGCUUUGAGUGUUUUUAAAUAAUCAGGUCUUCGGUGUGGAAACACCUCAGUUUUAUUGUUCUAGCAUUACUUUGAUCGAGGCUCUGCAUUCUGAUGAGAAGGGUCCACAAAGAUUACCACAUGAUAUGUAAUAUUUGAUUAAAUUUUGUUUCAAACUAGCAAUGUGAAUGUCCUAAUUAUAUAUUUUGUGGCAAAUAGGAAAUUUUUAUUUCCUCCUAAGUUAUUGUGCGUAACAAUGGUAUCACUAGGCAAAAGUGGUACUUUUUAAAAAAAAUAGUUUUAGAAAUCUUAACAAAUGUAUAUGCAUUUGAAUUUUACAUUUGUUCUAUUUAAUUUUUAACUAUAGGUGUAUAACAUGCUAAGAAAUGUUUGUUUUUCACUUUUCUUCUUCCUGCUUAUACAUUGAAAUACCUUGUUACUUGAAUAUUGUAUCCUAAGUGGUCUGAAACACAGCGAUCAAAACUUCUGUCAUCUAGAACCUAGGGAGGAAACAAACAUACAUAGAUUUGAACAGAUUCUGGAAACAUUAUCUAAUUGAAUGCUAAGACUACAUUCAGAUGUUACGAUUAACCUGGCUUAUUUUAAACUACGAUGGCUUGGAUCCGCCUGAGGGUUUCUGAAUACGGAAGGAUUUCCACCCCAAAAUGUGAUUUUCUCACUUCCACCCUCCCAUUGCAGCCUAAAAUGCUUCCCAAGCUGCAGGGGUGAGGGUUGGGGGAAGAAAGUGACACUUCACGGGCAGAAAUCAUUCCAUCUGCAGAAAUGCUCUGGUGGAGCCAAGGCAAAAGUUACCCUGUGCAAAAACCCAGUAGGUCUGCUACUUGCUUCUUCUCUGUCAAGAUACUUCUGUAGACGUUAAAUAGCAUCCUCCGAUUGCCAGGCUGAGAGAACCAGUGCAUCAUUUAAGCUGGAGGGCAUAAGGAUGCAUUCAGACAAACCCAGCUUGUGCAACAAGUUCUGGGUUAGUCUGCCAGACAUAAAUAAUAGAUCCUGUUUUGUUCAUAAAGCCAACUUUGGUAUUUCUUGCCUCCUUGCUGAGGAGCAUCCCUUCCCUGUACUGCUCUCUCUCUCUGUUGGCCAAGCAACUGUGAAGGAUGGUGCUAUUCAACAAACUAUGGUUUAGGAGUUCUGACACCAUAGCUACAAACCUGAGUUUUAAGUCCUAGUAUGGUACUCAGCAACAAACUCAAGUUGGUUGGCUGUUUGCAUUCACAGGAGGGGGAAGGGACUGUGGCUCACUGGUAGAGCAUCUGGUUUGCAUGCAGAAGGUCCCAGUUCCAAAGCUGACAUCUCUAGUUAAAACAGAUAACAGGCAGUAAACUUUUAAUGAAGACUCUGGAGAGCUGCUGCCUAUCAAACACUGACCUCGAUAGACCAAUGAUCUGAUUCAGAAUAUUCAGGAAGUGCAGCAAACGGGUUUGACUAAACCAUGGUUUACAAACUAGGAGUAAUCAAGUUGUCUGAUUGCUGGCUAAUUCCACCCCUCUUCUCAGCAUUCUGCAGUUUGGUGUAGCAGUUAAAAGCUCCUCCGCUUAAAGCCAGCUGGGUGACCUUGGGUCAGUCACAGCUCUCUCAGAGCUCUCUCAACCCCACCCACCUCACAGGGUGAUUGUCGUUAGAAUAAUAACACACUUUGUAAACCGCUCUGAGUGGGCAUUAAGUUGUCCUGAAGGGUGGUAUAUAAAUCGAAUAUUAUUAUUAUUAUUAAAUGGCUCACCAAAGAGGUACUAGAACGUUACCCGGUGGCUCUUGGCUAAAGUCUCAGCUGACCCUGAGUUGGAACACUGUGAUGAAUAUCCAACAAAGUUACUCAGUGUCAUGCUAGAAGCUUGCCGGAGCACAGUGGAUUUUUGUUGCUCUUUUUGAACUGCUAGUCCCAAGUCCUAUCUUGAACUACCUUUGAAAACUGCCUUUUGUUUCAAAAGGUUUGUCAUGUGGCAUUGAUGGAGGAGAGGGAAAGGGCUCUUGUUAUGAGACAAUGAAACCCAAAGCCCCCUUGUGCUCAAGAAGCGAGUUUCAUAGGGUUGGUUUUUUUAUCCUGAUUUUUAAAUAAUGCAUUGUUUGGUUACAACCUAAUUACAAAAUGAAAUCCUCCCUCCUCCACCACACCUCCAUUAUUUUUGGUGAAAGAACUUUUUUAAAAGCACCAUCCUGGCAAAUAAGUUUCUUCUGGUUUUCGAUUUGCUAGAAUAAGCUUAUUGCCAUUUUAUCUCUGUGUCCUUGGACCAUUUCUCUCCCCACACCUCUCCCCCCACCCCACUUACUCUUAGCAGCACCAAGUAUGACCCAAUCCAUGUGUGAGGUGUUUUCUAUGCAGCAUGAGGACUUCCGCUGCCAAUCAAACCUCAAAAAUUAGCAGAAUUCACACUGACAAAAUCCAUGAGAUGUUUUCAGAGACUGUAUUUUUAAAUAGCUAUAGAGACGACUAGACUCAAAAAUGUGUGGCGCUAUUUUAAUGAAAAAUUAAAUUGCUAUUCUGUUAGCUAGUCAAAACCCCAGUCAUCUUUGUGCAAUGCCCCCAAAUCCAAUUCUGCCAUUCCCUGGAAUCCAGGGCUUUUUUUCAGCUGGAACGCGGUGGAACGGAGUUCUGGAACCUCUUGAAAAUGGUCACAUGGCUGGUGGCCCCGCCCCCUGAUCUCCAGACACAGGGGAAUUUAGAUUGCCUCCCUGCUGCUCCAGCUGCGCAGAGGGCAAUCUAAACUCCCCUCUGUCUGGAGA